AUGCUUACUGGAAGAAUUGGGAAGAACCCAUCUCUCUCUCUCUUCAACAGAGGCCUGGUAGUGAAGUCGUGGGCUCCACAGGCUGCUAUUUUGCGCCAUGGAUGUGUAGGUGGUUUUGUGACUCAUUGUGGGUGGAAUUCAGUGCUUGAAGCAGUGACCUACGGGGUGCCAAUGGCGGCGUGGCCUUUGUAUGCAGAGCAGGCGGUGAAUGGUGUUGUUUUGGUGGAGGAGAUGAAGCUGGGGAUAUCAGUUGAGUCAAAAGAAGGGUUUGUGAGUGCAGAGGAAGUGGAGAAGAAGGUGUCGCUGUUGAUGGAUGAGAAAGUCUGA